UCAGCCAGCUUGCCAGCCAGCUGCCCCCUCGUCUGUCAAGAACCCCAUCUGAGCCAGGACCGACCCCUUGGUGCAAUUUCCUGGCACAUACGUCGAUACGAAAGCUACAGUGUCACUGUGCUCGUCUCGCUUUCGAAGUACCUCCUCACGUCCGCCUACGCCUGUCUCGCUUAACUCGCUGAAUCCAUCCCGACCUCAACCGCUCCCUCUCAACCGCCCACGAUGGCGGGACGUAUGGUGCUGUACAAGCUCGUAGUCCUCGGCGACGGUGGCGUUGGCAAAACAGCCUUGACAAUCCAGUUGUGUAUGCAGCACUUCAUCGAGACCUAUGAUCCGACAAUCGAAGACUCGUACCGGAAGCAGGUCGUAAUCGACGGGCAAUCAUGCAUGCUCGAAGUGCUGGAUACGGCAGGGCAAGAGGAGUACACGGCGCUCCGAGACCAGUGGAUUCGCGACGGUGAGGGCUUCGUCCUGGUCUACAGCAUCUCGUCACGGUCAUCAUUUGGGCGCAUCAAGCGCUUCCAUCACCAGAUCCAGCGCGUAAAGGAAUCCGUCGCCUCGUCUCCGUCAUAUCCUGGCUCCCCCUUGGCUGUCGCCGCCCCGGGCUCAGGUGCGCCUCCACCGAUCAUGCUUGUGGGCAACAAAAGCGACAGGGUGACAGAGCGAGAGGUGUCCACGCAGGAGGGACAUGCACUGGCCCGCGAGCUUGGCUGCGAGUUUGUCGAGGCCUCUGCCAAAAACUGCAUAAACGUGGAGAAGGCGUUCUAUGACGUGGUCCGGAUCAUCCGUCGAUUGCGACAGCAGUCGUCGCGUCCCUCUGGCACCUCUGGCCGUGGCCCAAAGUCUGGCAGUGGCAGCGGCGGCGGUGUGCGUGGCGAACCCAAACGCGGAAAGAAGGACAAGCUCAAGUGUGUGCUAUUAUGAGCGAUCCGAAGCUCGACUGCUGCACCCUCGGGCGCUGGCCCCCCUUCUUUGGAGACGACUGAUUAGCUUGGG